CUUUCAACGGUUGUCGCGCUCAACGGGACCAUAUUACAUAGUUUGUUUCGCACAACACAUUCACAAUUCACAAACAGAUUCACCAAUCGCAACCAUUGCCGAUUGGGUCAAACAAUGGCGGAGAAGGACAUCGAAUACUUAGGCUCCGGUGUCCCGGCGCCACCUCCGAUUAACAUAAUCAACUUUGAAAACUAUAGAACCAGCAACGGCAACGGCGGCGGCUGGAGUGGCGGCAGUCAUAACGAGAUAGAGAUAGUGGAAGAAGACGAGGAGGAGGAGGAGGAUGUUGGUGGUGGUCGCUUUGGAGGAUUCAGCGUAAUGCCGUCGAUUACAGAAGAAUACGAUGGUAGCAAUCCGAGUGAUUUGUUUUCUUAUGAUAUCAAUCGAAAUAUCAACGACGUCGUGUAUGUGGUGACUUGGAGAGGAACUGAGGAAAUGUCGUCGGCAAGCAUGGAUGCGCUGCUUUGGACUCUCGGCAACAAUCUUCAUGACGAGUCCACCAUUGUCUAUCUGGUCUACGUCUUCCCUGAGAUCCGCUUCCUUCCUACUCCUCUGGGAAGGUUACCAAUAAGUCAGGCAAACCCAGACCAGAAGGAAAACUUCCUAAAUCAAGAAAGAAGGAAGAGAAGUGAAUACCUCCAAAAGUUUCUUUCUUUAUGCUCUUCUUCAAAGGUCCAAGUUGAAACCGUGCUUAUCGAGAGUGACAUGGAGGCAAAAGCCAUACUUGACCUCAUUCCAAUUCUAAACAUAAGAAAGCUCGUGUUGGGUGCCACCAAAUCUACCAUAAGAAAACUCAAGAGUAGCAGCAAGAAAGGAGGUGGAGGUACUAUUGAUCAAAUACUACAUAAUGCCCCGGAGUUUUGCGAUGUUAAAAUCAUAUGUGAAGGAAAGGAGGUCUCAUUGCAAGACCAGUUAUCAACUGAGCCAUCUUCCCCAUCAUCCUCAAUUGCUCCAACUCCACGUGGAGACACUACUGUCAGCACCCUAAAACCUGUGCCAGUGGACCACGGCUAUACCAUUGGCUUUGUCAAUUGCAGCUGCUUCAAGCUCUAAAAUCACAGGACACAUCACCAUUGGCAUUAUACCUGAACCAGUCUCCUUUUCUUUUCUUUUCAAAAAGACGUAAAUAUCCUCCCCAUUUAUCAUCAUAAAAGUUAGCCUACCAAGUAGUUCAAUCCAGUUCCAUGUAACUCAUGUUAUGUUGUUGAAGAGGUUGAGGUUUGUUUAAGUAAAAACAUUCAUAUGUUACGUAGAUUUAAAGAAAAACCAUGUUUGUGGACUCUGAUCGGAAGUUAUUGGUAGCAUACAACUUAAAACUUACACGGGCUCACAAAUCUCACUUUCUAUCCACAGUAUUAUAUAUCUAAGAGGUUGUUAUAUUACAGAUGCAAUAGAUAACGUUGUUGUUCAUCAUAUAUUAUAUGGGAAUAAUGGAAAUGGAUCAUUAUCUUAAUGAAUUCACUCCCUAUAACUUCACAAUGACAAGAUGCAAUGCAAUAACAAGACAACAAUUACCACUCACAAAGUGUCAUAUGUAACCGAUCGAAAAAAAAA